GCAAUCGAAAAGAAAAUGGAAUCUGAGAAGCCAAAUUAUGGUGCAAUAAUGGUUUUCUUCACAAAGCCUUCAUGGGCUUUCCUAGUUCUACUCUUUAAAGUCAUAUCAAUCUUCUCUCUUCAAAUCUCUCCAAAAUCUAUUCUUCCUUUUCCGUUAUUCCCCGUUUCCGGAUCAUCUGGACCCCACUUCGAGUCCAGUUUUGAAACCGGAAGUUGCGCCGCGUUUUUCGGGAAGUUGCCGAUGAGGAAACACGUUAUGUCGUUGAAGGACUUCGGCGGAGUUGGCGAUGGGAAAACGUCUAAUACGGCGGCUUUUAGGAAGGCGUUGGAUUACAUGCAACGUUUUAGCGAGAAAGGCGGUGGUCAGCUUAAUGUUCCCGCAGGGAAAUGGCUAACGGGAAGCUUUAAUCUUACUAGCAAUUUCACAUUGUUUCUUGAACAGGGUGCUGUUAUUUUGGGCUCUCAGGACCCUGAGGAAUGGCCUAUUGUAGAGCCAUUGCCUUCUUAUGGUAGAGGGAGAGAGAGGUUGGGAGGAAGGCACAUAAGCCUUAUUCAUGGAAAUGGUCUCAUCAAUGUUGUCAUUACAGGGAACAAUGGCGCAAUUGAUGGUCAAGGUCAAAUGUGGUGGGAAUUGUGGUGGAACAGAACGCUAAACCACACAAGAGGCCACCUUGUAGAACUAAUGAACUCUCAGUACAUUCUUAUCUCAAACUUAACCUUCCAGAAUUCGCCGUUUUGGACCAUUCAUCCUAUUUACUGCAGCAAUGUAGUUAUUAAGGGCAUGACAGUAUUGGCUCCACUGAAUGCCCCAAAUACUGAUGGAAUAGACCCAGACUCAAGCACCAAUGUAUGUAUUGAAGACUGCUAUAUCGAGAGUGGAGAUGAUCUUGUAGCAGUGAAAAGUGGAUGGGACCAAUAUGGCAUCAGAAUGGCACGACCAAGCUCUAACAUAAAAGUGAGGAGAAUCUCAGGCACUACACCAACUUGUUCAGGUGUUGGUAUUGGGAGUGAGAUGUCUGGAGGGAUUUUUAACGUAACUAUCGAAGAUAUGCAUGUUUGGAAUUCGGCAGCUGGGGUCCGUAUAAAAACUGACAAGGGAAGAGGGGGAUACAUUGAGAAUAUCACAAUAAGCAAUAUAACGAUGGAACAAGUCAAAAUUCCUAUUAGGCUCAGUAGAGGCUCCGAUGAUCACCCCGACGACGGAUGGGAUCCUAAAGCCAUGCCUAAAAUAAAGGGGAUUUUCUUUAGUAACAUUGUUAGUUUGAAAUCAUCAAAAGCUCCAGUACUGGCCGGUAUUCAUGAUGCAUCAUUUGAAGGGUUAUGCUUCAAGAACGUUACCUUACUCGGACUUUCCCCAACUGCAGCAUGGCACUGUGAGUUUGUUUCUGGUUGUGCGGAUGCAGUGUUCCCAUUGCCAUGUCCCCACUUGCAGAACAAUGGCUCCUCAACGUGUUGCUCAUAGGCUCAAAGUUUCGAGGUGAGUUCCUUCUCGAGUGCAUGUGGAAUUUUCACCCAUGGCCAAAGACACUUCGAACACAUAGGACCACAAAGGUGAAUCAUAUGGUAAGCAUGAGAUGCAUGCAUACUGCAAUUUUGUCGAAAUACAUAACAUUCAUUGAGCAGUUGGGAUUGCUUGGGUUGACAGAUUUGUCUUGUUCGAACUGUAUUACAGUGUGAGUGUUAAUUUAUAUUCUUUUCACAUGUGUAAUAAAAUGUAUCCCAUGUAUGGUGGUAUAUUAUAUUUAUUGAUGU